AUGAUGGAGACACUUCAGAAACUAGAAGGAGAAACAAACCACCUCAAACCACCUGUCAAUCAAAUAUCACCCAGCAAACCACCUGUCAAUCAAAUAUCACCCAGCAAACAAUCUGUCAAUCAAAAAUCGCCCAGCAAACCACCUGUCAAUCAAAAAUCAUCCAGCAAACCACCUGUCAAUCAAAUAUCGCCCAGCAAACCACCUGUCAAUCAAAUAUCACCCAGCAAACAACCUGUCAAUCAAAAAUCGCCCAGCAAACCACCUGUCAAUCAAAAAUCAUCCAGCAAACCACCUGUCAAUCAAAUAUCGCCCAGCAAACCACCUGUCAAUCAAAUAUCGCCCAGCAAACCACCUGUCAAUCAAAAAUCAUCCAGCAAACCACCUGUCAAUCAAAUAUCGCCCAACAAACAACCUUUCAAUCAAACAUCACCCAGCAAACCACCUGUCAAUCAAACACCAUCCAACAAACCACCUGUCAAUCAAACAUCACCCAGCAAACCACCUGUCAAUCAAACAUCAUCCAGCAAACCACCUGUCAAUCAAACAUCAUCCAAAAAAACACCUGUCAAUCAAACACCAUCCAACAAACCACCUGUCAAUCAAACACCAUCCAACAAACCACCUGUCAAUCAAACACCAGCCAAAAAAACACCUGUCAAUCAAACACCAGCCAAAAAAACACCUGUCAAUCAAACACCAUCCAACAAACCACCUUUCAAUCAAACAUCACCCAGCAAACCACCUGUCAAUCAAACACCAUUCAGCAAACCACCUGUCAAUCAAACACCAUCCAGCAAACCACCUGUCAAUCAAACAUCACCCAGCAAACCACCUGUCAAUCAAACACCAUCCAACAAACCACCUGUCAAUCAAACACUGGUCGUCACACUGUGA